CAUGUAAAAGCAUCAGUGCUGGCAGCCAGAUUGAUGUGGCAUCUGUGGAAAAUGAAUUAAAGCAACAUGACCAAGGCUUCAUAUAAUUUCUCAUUCUGCAAUUAUACUGAGCAAGCGCUUAAUUGGCUCUAGUUACCCUGUGAUUUUCAGCUUUUCCUUGAAAAACCAGAAAGAUGGGAAAAUAAAUUGGCCUUUUACAAAUGCAAUACCAUGCUCUCAUCAAAGAGGAUAAUAGCUCUCCUCAUGCUAACAUCAUAAGGGCUGCAAGAAGACCAAUCGUCUGCUGUAUUUUGAUGCUUCAAACAGUAUAAAGACGUGGCUUCCCCAUGACAACAUGUCAGCAAAAGAUCUCAGCCCCCGACAUAGUUCAAAAUCCCGUGUUGUGCAGCGGGCCUCAACUAUUGAUGUUGCCUCUGACAUGUUAGGUUUAUCUUUGACAGGAAACAUCCAAGAUCCAGAUGAACCAAUCUUAGAAUUUAGUUUAGCUUGCAGUGAACUGCUUACUCCAUCAUUAGAUAGGAAGCCAAAUUGUUUUGUAGCAGUGAGUGUAACUACACCUCCUCAGGCAUUCUGGACAAAGCAUGCUCAGACAGAAAUUAUUGAGGGCACAAACAAUCCCAUCUUUCUAAGCAGCAUUGCCUUUUUUCAAGACUCUCUUAUUAAUCAGAUGACGCAAAUAAAACUUUCUAUAUAUGAUGUAAAAGAUAGAUCUCAGGGAACUAUGUAUUUAUUGGGUUCUGUGAUGUUCACUGUACAGGAUCUACUUAAGGAGAAAAGUCAUAGGCUGCACUUAACACUAAGAUCUGCGGAAAAUGACCGUGUUGGGAACGUCACAGCCAUUGGAUGGCAGAUGGAAGAAAACACAGACCAAAGGCCUCCUGUGACCAGGUCUCCUGACACUGUUAACGGAAGGACUGUGCUACCAGUUGACGAAAGUUUGACAGAGUCUUUAGGAAUCCGAUCCAAAUAUGCUUCAUUACGAAAAGAUGCACUGUUAAAAUCUGUGUUUGGAGGUGCCAUUUGUCGGAUGUAUCGUUUUCCUACCACUGAUGGCAACCAUCUGAGGAUUUUGGAGCAAAUGGCAGAGAGUGUGCUCUCUUUACACAUUCCCAGGCAAUUUGUGAAAUUGCUGCUAGAGGAAGACGCUGCAAGGAUUUGUGAACUUGAAGAACUAGGAGAGCUGUCCCCCUGCUGGGAAAGUCUUCGUCGGCAAAUAGUCACUCAGUACCAAACAAUUAUUCUGACCUAUCAGGACAACCUCACCAAUCUUCAUCAGUACAAAGGACCAUCAUUCAAAGCAAGUAGUCUGAAAGGUGAUAAAAAGCUUGAAUUCAUGCCCACAAAUUUACACAUACAGCGAAUGAGAGUCCAGGAUGAUGCAGGAUCAGAUGAGAAUUAUGACAUUGUAACUAUAGGAGCACCAGCAGCUCACUGCCAGGGCUUUAAAUCUGGAGGUCUGCGGAAAAAGCUUCAUAAAUUUGAAGAUGCAAAGAAACACAGUUUUGAGGAAAGUUGCACUGCAACCAAUUCCCAGUCUAUAGUGUACAUACCGCAGGAUAUUGUUCGAGCAAAGGAGAUUAUUGCACAGAUCAAUACCCUGAAAACUCAAGUUAGUUACUAUGCAGAAAGACUUUCCAGAGCUGCCAAAGAUAAAUCGGCCAAUGGACUUGAAAGAACGCUUGCCAUUUUGGCAGAUAAGACCCGGCAGCUUGUCACUGUCUGUGACUGCAAGUUGUUGGCAAAUUCAAUUCAUGCUCUGAAUGCUGCAAGACCAGAUUAUAUAGCUUCAAAGGCCUCUCCAACAUCUACAGAGGGAGAACAAGUGGUGCUAAGAAAUGACCAAGAUACUCUGGUGGCCAGGUGGACAGGAAGAAAUAGCCGUUCUUCUCUACAGGUGGACUGGCAUGAAGAAGAGUGGGAAAAAGUCUGGGUGAAUGUUGACAAAAGUCUUGAAUGCAUUAUCCAGAGGGUGGACAAGCUGCUCCAGAAAGAGCGAUUACAGAGUGAUAACUGUGAAGAUGUUUUCCUGUGUGAAGUCAGCUGCUCUAGCAAGAAAGGUAAACGGGAUACCCGUGCAUACUGGAUAAAGCCAGAGACCUUAAAUGAGAUCAUCUCAUCUUCAUCAUCCCCAACAUCAUCUUCAUCCAUUUCAUCCUCUGCAUGCCAUUUUCCCAGAAUCACAAAUUGCAGUCCCACUCCUGAAGAGUCCAACCCAGGUGAAUGGAGCGAAGCUCUCUACCCUCUGCUGACAACGCUCACAGACUGUGUGGCCAUGAUGAGUGACAAGGCAAAGAAAGCCAUGGUCUUUCUUUUAAUGCAGGACAGUGCCCCUACCAUAGCUCUUUGCUUAAGCCUUCAGUACCGGAGGGAUGUUGUCUUUUGCCAAACUCUUACAGCCCUGAUCUGUGGUUUCAUUAUCAAGCUGAGGAAUUGCCUGCAUGAUAAUGGAUUCCUGAGGCAGCUGUAUACCAUUGGUCUGCUGGCACAAUUUGAAAGCCUUUUAAGUACUUACGGAGAAGAACUGGCUAUGCUAGAAGAUAUGAGUGUGGGAAUAAUGGACUUGAGGAAUGUAACAUUUAAAGUAACUCAGGCCACUUCCGGUGCAUCUGCUGAUAUGCUGCCAGUCAUUACAGGAAAUCGGGAUGGAUUUAAUGUGAGGAUUCCAUUGCCAAGCACUUUGUUCGAUGCCCUGCCCCGUGAAAUCCAGAGUGGCAUGUUGCUGAGAGUUCAACCAGUACUCUUCAAUGUGGGAAUCAAUGAACAGCAAACCUUAGCAGAGAAGUUUGGUGACACCUCCUUGCAGGAAAUUAUUAACAUGGAAAGCUUGGUACGGUUGAAUUCCUACUUUGAGCAGUUCAAAGAAGUUUUGCCUGAAGACUGUCUACCUCGAUCUCGGAGUCAAACGUGCCUGCCUGAACUGUUGAGGUUCCUUGGACAGAAUGUACAUGCAAGAAAAAAUAAGAAUGUUGAUAUUCUUUGGCAAGCUGCUGAGAUUUGCCGCAGACUAAAUGGUGUUCGGUUUACAAGCUGUAAAAGUGCCAAGGAUCGGACUGCCAUGUCAGUGACCCUGGAGCAAUGUCUCAUACUGCAGCAUGAACAUGGAAUGGCCCCACAAGUCUUCACUCAGGCUCUUGAGUGCAUGAGGAGCGAGGGCUGUCGAAGAGAAAAUACAAUGAAGAAUGUUGGAUGUCGCAAGUAUGCGUUUAAUUCCCUGCAGCUGAAGGCUUUCCCCAAGUAUUACAGGCCUCCCGAAGGAACUUAUGGAAAAGUUGACUCAUAGGAUUACUGUGUCUUGUAAUUAGUUGUUCCGUUAAAAUAUGUGAAUACACUCAACUUUAGUAUAUGAACUUUGACAACAAUGACAGAAAAAUGUUUUUGUAUGUUUCAUUAGAAAAUACUGAGCAUGUAAUUUUGUUAAACUGGAUUCCAUAGGAAGAAAACAAUUACAUGCUGAAUCAUUAUAAUAUGAAACUAAUGUAAUGAUUGCCCAGUGUAAGAUGCCUGCAUAUAUUAUACAAUUAAUCUCUUGCCUAAAUAAGAAAGAUAAUUCCUGGACUGUGGAGGAUUUGUGAAUUAGGCAGCUGUUUCCCUCAUUUUUAUACUGAUUUUAUUUAAGACUUUCAUAAUACUUUUUAAAACCUCAGUGCUGUAAAUAGUAAAUAAAUUGGAGGUGAGGAGCUUUGACAAGUACAACAGGUGUUGUUACGAGUAGAAGAAAAAGCUCAGUUUUUAAAACAGAGCAGUGCAUUAAAAUAUAAAGUCAAGAACUUAAAUUUAUUAGAACACUAUUGUAUAAAAGAGUUAUAAUAUAGAAGCCAGGAACUGACACCUAACCCUAUUUCACUUGGUAUAGAAACUGGAUUGAAUAUGUGAUAAUAUCAGUUGAGGAAGAAACCUGUUGCAUUCCAACACUUAACAACCCUUUUAAAACUAAGAUAGUUGUGCAUGAAAAAACACCGUCUGUAUCUAGUGAUGUAUGACUUAGCUCUAAACAGUGAAUCAAGAGAGAAGGUAAGGUAUCCAUGUCUAUUUACAAAACAGAUGGGCAAGUGGAUUUCCACCUGCAGUUUGAAAGACUACCUGGGCUGAAUUGUCUGUGUGUCUUCCACAUCAUGAUUUUAAUUACUGUCACUUUACCCUUCUUUCUUUGUGUGUGUCAGCUGAUUGCACAGUGACGUGCAGGGCAGAUCUUCUGAGUCCCUUUUUUUGAUGACGAGAAUGAUUUUAGGCAAACUUAUUUGCAUAUAAAAACUGUCCCAUGCAUUUGGGAUUCUGCAAGUUCCUAAGAUGCUUGCUUGCUAGAUCCUAUCCAGAAUUUAGGUGCACUUUAGUCUGCAGAAAUCAGUGUUUCUCAUUUUUCUGUUGAAUCUCCUACUUUGAAUAUUGUUUUACAUAAAAUGUUUCCAGUACCCACUAAUUUCAAAAGUCAGUAUCUACAAUUUGUUCCAGAACAUCACAGUUUGAAUUUCAGGUUAAUGAAGUGAUGGAGAAGGGGAAUAAUUAUCUACAUUAUUUAACAAUAGUUAUUGCUUGGUUAGGAAUUAAUAUGUAACAGAAUCCAAAUUUCCAUGAUUGCCCUCCAGGUAACUUAUUCCUCUGUUCAUUAUUUGUCUAAAAAAUUCAUACUUUAUAAGUAAGAUGAAGGACCACUUGAAAACUAUUUACAGUUGCUCCAAUCACAGAAGAGUAGCAUGUCCCUCAGAUGACUACUAAUAUGUGAUAACAACUUUGUUUAAUAAGUCACUGUAUAUAUUUAUAUGUGAGUGUAAAUGUGUAUCGCCUGAAAAGCUACGGUUCAGUAGCACCCUUUGGGUGGACUUUGGAGGUUGUGUCGCAGGUUACGAAAAACUCUCAACUUUUCAUUCUAAGAAUUUAACCCCAAAAUGUUUAAAUUCCACUGAUACUCAUGGGAUUUACUUACGUUAGCAUUAUUGGCCAUUUAAUGGAAAGGGGGGAAAUGGCUCCAUUAUUUUCAAGAAAGAAAGAAUCUGGUAUGCAUUUGCCACUCAAAUGUUUUACUUUAUCCUGCCUUUUUUCUUUGUACUUUAUAUUUAUUGAAGGCAUGAACGUUCAUUUAUGUAAUAAACAGUCUGCAUCCCUCAGAGUGCAGUAACUGAAUUGGACAUUUUAAAGCAGUGUUUCUCAAACUUGGCAACUUUAAUAUGUGUGGACUCCCAGAAUUCCUGGAGCUGUCUGGGGAAUUCUGGGAGUUCAAGUCCACACAUAUUAAAGUUGCCAAGUUUGAGAAACAUUAUUUUAAGGUCUUAAACCCAGCAGGCAAAGGAAUAGUUAUACCUACCACUGGU